UAAUGCCACCGUGUAUGAAUAUUUGAGAAAAUAGCAGCAGCGGCUUCAAACCUUUCUGCUGCUUCACCGUUCUUCCUUCUCUCCCCGUCAGUCACUAUGGCAAAAAACAGGAACAAGAAGAAGAAAAACGGUGUCGUUUCAAUGGACACAACCGACAUCGUCGUUUCGGAAGCACCUCAAGCAAUGGACACAUCAGAAUCAGUAGCUAAAAUCAAGGUUGCUGGUGCUACCAAUUUGAAGGUGAAGCAGAAUGGAAGACCUAUGAAGAGAUCAAAAAAUGCUCGAAAGAUGAAGAAAAUUGCAAAGGCUAUAUCUGCAAAUGAGAAGUCUGCUGAGAAAGUUUCAAAGCAUGACAACAAAAAAAGUAGAGUUCUAUCUGCCAAAACACUCUAUGAAUAAAUAACUAGCUGGAUGGCUCAUAUCAUCACUGAUUAAAAUAUGAUACUUUAUGUUGCAUGCGGCGAGUAUACACAUUUUGUAAUUUAGUUUACCUAAAUUCAGUUAUUUGUUUAGGCCAAGUGUUUUUUAAGAUCGAAUCUUCGAAUAUUGUUACAUCCUUAUUCUUAUGGUAGAGUUUUGUUCAUUAUAUUUU